AUGGGGAAAGAUGAUGUUGAUAGAUUUUUAAACUUUGAUUCUCUAAUUAAAAAUAGUAAAUAUUCAUUAGCAAAUGAAAAAGAUGAAGCCAAUCGUGAGGCAAAACAAACAUUUUCAAUGAUUGAUCAUUGGACAAAACAUAAUGGUACACUGAAAAAAGCCAAUAAAUUUGAACAUUUUGAUAUAAGAAUGUUUCAUGAAAAAGUUAUAGGAAUGCCUAAAGCAUAUGUUAAUUUUUUACGAUUAAAAUUAGAAUAUAAUGAUUUUUGGAAUUUAGCUGAUUGUAUUAUAAAAGGCGAUUUUAAAAAGUACUCAGAUAUUGAAAUUGAAUUUAUUCAUGAUAUUAAAAAUAAUCAUGUUGAUAAAAAUCUCAGAGUUUCAGAAAUAAGAAAAGAAAUAACAAAAGGUCUUGUUGGUUAUACUGUUGAUCAAUCCACUAGAGCUAAUUUAAUUAUGUAUUUAUGUACUCAGAAGUGUGAAGAAAAUAAAGAAAAAGGUUUAAAACACACUUAUUGUGAAUUAAUGAAAAUGUUACUUGAUAGUCUUUCUGUAGAUGAUCGUUAUGCAAUACUUACAGCUGAAUUUGCCAAAACAAAAUUUACAGCUUUACAUUUUGCCACUAUGAUGGGAUCACCAUGUUGUUUAAUGGUUCUCCUUACACAUGGUGUCAAUUCAAAUAUUAAUGAAAAAACAUCAACUUCUGUAAUGUCACCUAUUUCACCUAUGAUUUAUGCAUUAAUGAGAGAUAAUAUAUCAUUUGUUAAAGUUCUUUUAUUAUUUGGAUGUAGUAUAAUAGAUUGUGUUGCUUCAUAUCCAAAUUCUUUAAUAUGUACAGAUUUUGGUGGUAAAAUACAACAACGAAUAAAUUUUUUAAAACGAAGAUUAGAAAAUAUGAAAAUUACUUUUAAAGAAUGGUGUAGUCAAUAUAUUAAAGGUUUUACAGUAAAAGAGGUUGUUUCAAAUGUCCAUAUAUUACGAGGAGCAUGUUAUACUGGUAGAUGUAAAAGUUAUCCAAUUGACAAAAAAUAUCUAAUUCAAACACAAAUAAUUCAUGUAGAUAUGGAAUGUGUAAAUGGACAAAAUCAAGAUUAUCUUCAAAAUGGAAUUUUUCCUGUAAUUGUUAUUAUUCCUUUUAACUAUAAUACUAAUGAGUUGGGUGGUUGUAUAAGUGAAUUUCACGCUACUCGUGUUAAAUUUGUUUGUGACAAUAAUGAAAAUAAAAAAGAAACUGUAGUUAAAUAUCUUUACGAUAACUUAAAAAUGGAAGGAACAUGUACUGGCACUUUAUCAUAUCCUGUUUUACCACUUACAAUAGAUCCUGAACACAAUGGUUACUAUUAUAUGUUUAGAAUUCCAGAUAAUAUUAUAAAUAUUAGUCAACUUAAAAUAACGUAUGAUAUAAGGAAUAUAAAGAACCCACAAUAUCUUAAUUUGGCUAUAGCACUAGUUAAUUUACAAAAAAUAAGAUGA